UUCCCUCCGACCUCUACUACCUCCUCUUCUCCACUCCGCUCAUGGCCACCGCCACCAUGUCUUCCUCGACCUUCGAUCUCAAAUCCCAAGCCACAUACCCCAUCCGUCUCGGGGCUAGCAUACUCAACGACGAUCCUGGAGCUUCACGAUACACGAGCGUGAGAUACAACCACAAGCCUCGAUUGCACAAGAGGCCUCGUAGAGUCACCAUCAGCGCCGGCAGCGAUGUGGGACUUAGCAAAUUGUCGUUGGACAGCGACGAUGGCUCAUACGCCUACGCAGGGCGCCACGUUCAGAAUGAGGAUAGCUAUGUUUUGGUGUUCAGAGGGGAGGGCAAGGACAAAGAGAUGGUGCUGGAGCGGCUGAGCAGUCUACAUACUUUCAACCUCACGAGAACACCCACGGAGACCAAUGCCGCGAAGCUGGCCUUCAAGUACCCUCCGUUGACGGUAGAAGAGGCGGAUGAGGGAGACUUGUUUGGAGAUGGCGACGAGGAUAUGCCUGCGGAUGAAUCGAAUCCAUUCGACUAUAGACACUUUCUCAAGGCCGAGUUGGAAGCUGCCGAGAAUGCCAAUGGCUCGCAGGAUAUCAAGACCAGCACGGUGCCUACACCGCGUGUCCAACCUCAAGCUGCUCGCAGCACGCCGGUCACCCGUCCCGCUGCGAAGAAACGUAAACCUGCAGCUGCGCCGAAAGCGAACCCCAAACGAGUCAAAGCAGGACAAGAGCCAUCACCUGAACCAGAGAGUGCCAGUCAAAAGCCGAAACCCAACGUUCCCAAGCUACGUAUGGACCGAAAGGCCUCGAUCCGACGACUCUCGAUUGAGGACUCCGGCGAACUCAUCCUCGAAAACGAGACGCCGAUCAACGAGAAACCACCGAAGCACUCCAUGGCUCUCGCGCUUGGAGGCCAACUUGGCACAGGUCCAAUCAGUCUACGAUCGGCCGCGAGCAGCCCGGGCCACGUCCAAUCUCCGGCGCAACAGGCGGAGCCGGAAGCGAGCAGCGCAGUGUACGAAUUCGAGCUCGGCGACAGCAGUCCCGAGCCGGAAGCGGACGACGCUCACCAUGCACCCAGGGACGAAGACGAAGAGGGAGAUGCGGGCGAGGAAGACGACGAUGACGCUGAUGUGGAUGAUCUGGAGUUACCGUCGCCGGCACAGACGCAAAGACAUAGCGUCGGAGCAGCUGCGAGCGCUGCUGCUGUGGGUGAUGAUGAUGACGAUCUGGACAAGCAGCUUGCUUUGGCGAUGAUGGAGGACGAUGAUGGGAGCGAGGAGAACUACGCAUCUCACAUGGCGCAGCUGCGGGAAAACCAACGAAGGCCGAGCAUCGCAGCCUGCGAGGUGUCCCUUUCGGCGCCGCCAGAGCUUGACCAUAUUGCAAUGGCUACGCCUGGCGCCGUGUGA